UUGACAGUUGAUUUGACAUAAGACAUUCCCAUAUGUUGAGUUGAAGAUGAAUGAAUAACAUUGCACGUUUAACCUAAAAAUUGGUAAAUAAAAUUAUGUGUAGAUACUCUUUUUCCUAAUAAAUAUAAUAAGUUCUUUGAAAUGGGUGUAACCAGAAAGAUACUCAAUUGGUACGCAAGAAUUGGACCUAGUCACGGUAAAAAAUUGCCUCCUUACGAGCAUGUCGUCCAAAUUGGGGAUCCAAUGUUACGUAAAGCUUCUGAGCCCGUAGCUGUUGACAAAAUCAAGAGUGAGGAGAUCCAGAAACUGAUAAAGAAGCUGAAGUAUGUGCUGGACAAGUACGGGAGUGUUGGGAUGUCUGCGCCGCAAAUUGGUGUCAACAAAAGGAUAUUCGUCAUGAGACAAACAGCACUGCAAAUUGCUUCUAUCCCUAAAGAAUCUGUCAAGACCAGAGGAAUAACUGUAGUACCUUUCAGUGUUUUUAUCAACCCAACACUGAAGGUGAUUGACUACUCAAAAGUGACACUGUCUGAGGGCUGUGAGAGUGUUCAGGGAUACACAGCUGAAGUGGCUCGAUACAAAGAAGUUGAAAUUACAGCACUGAAUGCAGAAGGUGACAGCACAUCUACAAAAUACAAGGACUGGGCUGCACGGAUAGCCCAGCACGAGAUGGAACACUUGGAUGGUAAACUAUACACAGAUAUUAUGGACAGGAAGAGCUUGCAGUGCAUUUUUUGGGAGGAGGUCAACUUGGCGAAAGGGAAACUUGCCAUACCAUUUUAUCCUGAUUGAGAGUGGUUAAAUUAGUUUUAGAUUAUUUAUUUUAAUAAAAUGUAGAUGUUUAGUCA